AUGAUCAUGACGAUCAAGAAGAAGGAAGAGGAAGAAGAAGAUGGUGAUGUAGAAGAAGGAGAGAAAGAUGAAGAAGAGGAUGGUGAUGUAGAAGAGGGAGAGAAAGAUGAAGAAGAGGAUGGUGAUGUAGAAGAAGGAGAGAAAGAUGAAGAAGAGGAUGGUGAUGUAGAAGAAGGAGAGAAAGAUGAAGAAGAAAAAGAUGAAGAAGAUGAUGAUGAUGUAGAAGAAGGAGAGAAAGAUGAAGAAGAGGAUGGUGAUGUAGAAGAAGGAGAGAAAGAUGAAGAAGAGGAUGGUGAUGUAGAAGAAGGAGAGAAAGAUGAAGAAGAAAAAGAUGAAGAAGAUGAUGAUGAUGUAGAAGAAGGAGAGAAAGAUAAAAAAGAAGAAGAUAAAGAAGAUGAUGAUGAUGAUUAUGACAGUGAUCAAGAUGAUGAUAACAAGGGUGAUAUCCUUAUACUGACUAAACUUUGA